AUGGCGCCCCCCUCCCCUGCCCCCCGGAACAAACUCGUCAUCCGCCGGCUCCCCCCGACCCUCCCUGAAGACAUCUUUUGGAACGCAGUCUCCACCUGGAUCACCGAUAAAUCCUGUCUCUGCAAGUCCUAUGUUGCCGGCAAAGCGCCCAAUGGCAACCUCGACUCCCACCCCGUCCACUCGCGGGCCUAUGUGCUCAUGUCAGACCCGGAGGCGCUUGUAAACUUCCAUCGAGGCUUUGACGGACAUGUGUUCAGGUCCAAGACCGGCGCGGAGUUCCAGGCUGUCGUAGAGUACGCACCUUAUCAAAAGACGGUGCACAAGGCGAGGGUGAAGCCUGACAAUAGGCAGGGAACGAUCGAUGAAGAUCCCGACUUCCUUUCUUUCCUCAAGUUUCUUGAUACGCCUGCUCCCGAGUCGGCUCAACAUACUUUUGUUCCUGCUGCCCCGCAACCCAGUACAACCCCUCUUCUCGACCAUCUCCGCUCCCAAAAGUCGGCCAAAUCAAAGGGCAAGGGCAAAGCGACCCCGGCUCCAUCGCAAGCCCCCUCACAAUCUGCUACCCCAGUGCCUACUGUUUCUGCGCCUCUGAAAGGCAAGGCGGCCGCUCUGGCAUCUAUCAAAGAUGCUUCUCAAAGACGUCAUCUUUUGGCCCAAGGGACACCGUCGCAGGUCAUGGUGGCAGGAAAGGGACGGGAGGUGUCAAUUGCGCCGUCUACAAGCACCUCCCCUGCUCCGGGAUCUUCUGCCGCGGGCGGAGGUGCAAAGAAAGAUGGGAAGGGCAAGGCGAAGGAGAAGGGCGACAAGGGGGGCGAGGGGGCAAAAGAAACAGGGGAAAAGGGGAAGAAGGGUAGGAGUAGGAACCGGAGCAAGAAAGACAAGAAGGAAAAGGGUGAUGGUGCCGCCACACCCACUGACCGCCAAACGCCAAAUCUUCAACCCAAAUCCUUCCCUCCCCUCCCUCAGUCCACACCGAAAGCUCCGACUCCAGCGCCUGCUCCUCCUGCCGCAGCUGUCCCGGCUGCUCCGGCCCAGACUGUUCCGCCCUCUUCUAAUCAACGUGCUCUGGCUCCUCGUGUUGCCCAACCUCCUCGUCCGCCUUUUGCACCGCAGGAACCCGCAUUCACCGCCCGGCCGCCACCCCAAAGCCCCAUUCGUCCACCUCCUAUGCGAGGCGGGCAUGUGAGACCUAUGGGCCAGCCUGCACGACCACACAUUCCAGCUAUGAACCAGGGUAUGCCUCUGAAUCAUUCUGUCCGACCUGUUUCUCCCCGUGGCGCUCCACCGCACAUGGGAUUGCAUGCGAAUUCUCCGUCCAUGUUUAACGGUGGCGCUCGGCCAGCCCCUGGUCCUUCAGGUCAGGGUAUGGGGCCGAGUAGUAUGGCCCCUGGUGGAAGUGGAAAUGGCAGCAGAAGGGGGAAUAGGCCGCCGCCCAAGCAGGCUGCGCAGGUGACGAUCCUGGCUCGCGAUGCAGCAGCCGGCGCGGGGUCGGACACGGGUGCAUCGUCUGCGAGGAUAGAUAUGUAG